AUGCUUGAGAACCCAGCGCCAAUCGUAUACAAGGUGGAAGAGCGGAAGACUCGAGUUCAAGUAGAUACAAGUUUGCAAGAGGACCCGAUCGAUGCCGGAGAAAUAUUCGACCUAAUUUGUGAUAUCAACGACCCCGAGCAUCCCUAUUCUCUUGCCGAAUUGAAUGUAGUAAGGGAAGACCAAAUUGUCGUGGAGCAGGACGAUAGAGACGUCGUUGUAGAUGUAAAAUUCACUCCCACCAUUCCUCAUUGUUCAAUGGCCACACUCAUUGGAUUGGCGAUACACGUGAAGCUGGCGAGGUCGUUACAUCCGUCUGCUAAGGUUCUCGUUUCGAUUAUGCCCGGCUCACAUAACACCGAGGAGGCGAUAAAUCGACAACUGGCUGAUAAAGAACGUGUAGCAGCCGCCAUGGAGAACCCGGGCGUGAUGCAGGCGGUACCACUUCAUCCCAAAGGAGCAGCUAACGAUAUGAGGCAACUUUUCUUGUUGCUCGCUGUUCUGGCGGCCGUAUCAGCGAACCGCAGCAGCAAGUUCCUCGUCCGGAUAAAUGAGACGAACUGGGCCCAGAUUAUGCGCGGGGAGUGGAUGGUUGAAUUCCACGCUCCCUGGUGCCCGGCUUGCAAGGAUCUGCAGAAGGCCUGGCAUGCGUUCGCCGAAUGGAGCCAAGAGCUGGAUAUUCAGGUUGGCGAAGUCGACGUGACGGUCAACCCGGGUCUUUCCGGACGUUUCUUGGUCACUGCCCUGCCCACGAUUUAUCACGUCAAGGACGGCGUUUUCCGGCAGUACGCUGGCCCUCGCGACAAGAAUGACUUCAUCGCCUACGUCGAGGAUAAGCGGUGGCGCAACGUCGAGCCCGUGCCUGAUUACAAACACCCCAACUCCGCUCAGAUGGGCGUGGUCGCCGUCUUCUUCAAGCUGUCGAUGGCCGUCCGCGACCUCCACAACCACCUCGUCGAGGUGAAGGGCAUCCCGUCGUGGGCCUCGUAUUCUGGAUUCGCGCUUGUGACGCUGCUGCUCGGCUGCAUCCUUGGAUUCUUGAUCGUCAUGGUGAUCGACUACGUGUUCCCAACUGGAGCCCGUGCUGCCGCCCGCAAGCAGCAGCCCAAGAAGAAGGAGGCCGAGGCCGAGAAGAAGAAGGACGAGGAGAAGAAGGACAACGGCGCCAAGAACGCCGGCAAGAAGGAGUCGAAGAAGAACCAG